UCUCUCUGCUUACCAAUGCCAUUGACGAGCCCCCAACUUCCCAUCAUAAAGAGAGGUACCAAGGGGGAAGAGAGGGACAAGGAGAGGACGAUGAGCAACAAUGGUGCUAACACUGCCCCCCUCCUCACCCCCUACAAGAUGGGGAGGUUUCAUCUUUCCCACAGGCUGGUUCUCGCACCACUGACAAGGCAGCGGUCCUUUGGUAAUGUUCCUCAGCCUCAUGCCAUACUGUAUUAUCAACAGAGAACGACUAAAGGAGGCCUUUUGAUUGCUGAGGCCACUGGAGUGUCUGACACUGCUCAAGGGUACAAAUAUACUCCAGGCAUUUGGACAAACGAGCAAGUGGAAGCAUGGAAGCCAAUCGUAAAUGGGGUUCAUGCGAAAGGAGGAAUAUUUUUCUGUCAGAUUUGGCACGUAGGAAGAGUCUCUAAUUCCACCCUUCAGCCUAAUGGGCAGGCUCCAAUUUCAAGCACUGAUAAGCCACUAAAACCUCAUGUGAGAGGCAAUGGCAUAGAUGUGGCUACUUUCUCACGUCCUAGACGAUUAGAGACUGAAGAGAUCCCUUCUGUGGUCAAUGACUUUAGGGUCGCUGCUAGAAAUGCAAUUGAAGCUGGAUUUGAUGGUGUUGAAAUCCAUGGAGCUCACGGUUACUUGAUUGAUCAGUUUUUAAAGGACGGAGUCAAUGAUCGCACAGACAAAUAUGGUGGUAACUUAGAGAAUCGUUGCCGGUUUGCGCUAGAAGUAGUUGAAGCCGUAGUUGAUGAAAUUGGAGCUGACAAGGUUGGGAUAAGGCUGUCUCCAUUUGCCAGCUAUGCGGAGGCAGCAGACUCAAACCCAGAAGCUCUAGGCCUGUACAUGGCAAAUGCACUAGAUAAAUUUGGAAUUCUCUAUUGCCACGUGGUGGAGCCACGCAUGGCAAAACUAGGUGAAAUUUUUGAGACCCCCUACAGUCUUCGUCCGAUGAAGGAUGCUUUCAAGGGAACAUUUAUUGUUGCCGGUGGCUACAAUAGGGAGGAUGGAAAUAAUGCAAUCUCCACUGGCUAUGCUGAUUUGGUUGCAUACGGGCGCUUAUUUUUAUCUAAUCCCGACUUGCCUCGGAGGAUUGAAAUAGAUGCUCCUCUGAACAAGUGCAACAGAGACACUUUCUACAUUCCUGAUCCAGUUAUCGGAUACACUGACUACCCAUUUCUUCCGUCAGAUGCCUAAUUGGGCCUUUGCAGGAAAGUCCUUUUUAGAUUGAGUAGCUAGUUGUUGUACUGGUAAUAAUACAGGAAUAAGGUCAUUGAUCUGGAUGCUUACUUUUCAUGUGUAUGGACAAAGUAAUACGAUCAAUGCAGGUGAUGCCUUAAAUCUUAGUUGUAAAUAGGGGUGGAAAAUGGAUAGCAGCUAUCCGAAUUAUCCAAUAUUUGUAUCCGUUAAAAUACGAAUAUAGAUAUGCGUAUAUGUAUUUGUUUGUGAAACGGAUACUAAAAUGUAUGUAUUUGAAUUUGUUUUCGAGAUUGAAUUCAGAUGUGGAUAUCCGUAUUGCUUUGAA